UGCGUACAUUAACAGUUUUAGCUCUAUUUUUGUAUAUAUUACAAAACUUUCUGUCCUUGUGACGGAGCAGUAUUUGGCGCGUUUUGAUAAACUACCGUUAUUUGCGCAGCGCCGUCAUGACGUCACCACUAGUUUCCUUCCUCAGUGCGCGCUUUUGCUGUGUCUUCAGAGAUUUAGAAUAGUUUUAUGUGAGAACAUGACCGAUCCAGAACCCUCCAGGAUGAAACACACUGAAGAACAAACAGUGUUGAUUAAAGAAAACGCAGAGAAUGGUAAAGAACUGAACGAAAAGGAGGAGAAAAAUCAUGUCAAAACUGGAGAAAAACUUUUGAGUCGCUCUAAAACCAAACAGAAAGGUCUAAAGAAAAUAAGAGAAGAGAAAUCUUUCACAUGCACUCAGUGUGGAAAGAGUUUGGCAAGCAAACUGAAUCUUGAGGAUCACAUGAGGAUUCACAAUGGAGAGAAACCGUACACGUGUGAUCAGUGCGGGAAGGCAUUCAAACAGUUUGGAAAUCUGAAAUCACAUGAGAGGAUUCACACUGGAGAGAAACCGUACACAUGUGAUCAGUGCGGGAAGAGUUGUACACAAGCAUCAAAACUUAAGGAGCACAUGAACAUCCACACUAGAGAGAAGCUGCAUGCAUGUGAUCAGUGCGGAAAAACAUUUCUGUGGGCUUCAAACCUUAAGGAGCACCUGAGAAUUCAUACGAAGGAAAAACCAUAUUCAUGUUCUUUGUGUGGAAAGAGUUUUUCACUGCCGCAAAGUUUAAAAGAACAUCAGAAGAUACACACCGGUGUGAGAGAAUAUAUGUGCUUUGAGUGUGGGAAGACUUUCCUUAAAGCUGAAAGUUUAAAACUGCACAAGAGGAUCCACACCGGAGAGAAACCAUACAUGUGUUCACACUGCGACAAGAGAUUCAGUCGGUCUGGAGACCUGAAAAAACACGAGAGGAUCCACACUGGAGUGAAACCAUAUUACUGCACUACAUGCGGGAAGUGUUUCACACAAUUAUCUUCUUUACACACACACACAAAAAAUAUUCAUAGUAAGUAGAUCAUCUUUAGCUCCAGCACUUUCAGCUCUGACGCCACGUCUUCACCAAACAUGACUCAAUAAUGACAAAUAUACAAAAAAGAAAAAGGUUAUUGGUUAACAUGGGAUCCAAUUCGGUAAACGUAACUUAUUCUUGUCUUUUUUUGAGGCAAAUAACGUUACAUGACUAUUCACAAGCUGUUCGAUUGACGGUUUGGAAAGAAUAUUUAAUGUUUUCAAGUAUAUUGUGCGCCAAACACCUAAUAAUCGCAAUAAGCUUUGUGCUUUGUCUCAGCUUUUAAGUUUUGUUGAUUUUAUCAUGAAACACGAACAAUCGAUUAGUUUUAACACUCUUUGAUGUAGCAUGAGAUCAGUGUAUUCACCUCAGUUCAAGCCAUGUGAAUCAGUCGUCUUUUCCUCUUUACUAUUUAUUACGACACAAAAUAAACAUCAAUGAACAUCAGAAGCUAUGUUGAAAAAAUCUGAUAUAUUUAAUAAUACUAAUUGUUCAAGUAUUCGAUCAAUUAGUGUUUUGAAAAAUGUUAAUAAAACAGCUUGUGAAUAGUAAAAAUAUAACUUCGCCAAUACAAAUUUAAUUGCUGUUUGUUAAAUACACGUGAAGGAUGAAAUGUUGGAUGCCACAUACUUUUUAUUCAGAGUAGGUGGAAUUUUCACAUUAAGUUUAUCCAUGCAAUAUAACAUUACUUGAAAAAUGAAAAAAAAAAUGCUUAAUUAACUAUUAUUUUAAUAUUUUAUGCAGAGUUAAAAAAUAAUGCAAUCUAUUGCCAAAUAGAUAAGCCAAUCUAUUAUAUGAUUAAAAUUUUAAACAUAGACUUAAAAGUACGUGUAAUCCUGUUCAACCCUUUGGUGGACAACAUUAGUAUUACGGCCUUAAAAAUACACUGUUAGCCACCUGAGCAUCGGAAACUCAUUAAUCAUGGCAUUUUUCAGAGAAUAUUGUGUUUUUAUGCAUACCAAGUUUUGUGAAUAUUUUAUCUAUCCUACAGAAGACAUUGUAGAAGUUGUUUUAAUAUGAUGACAGAUGCAUUUUAAAAGCCUCAUGGUCUAUGCGUGACUGAGAUUGUGUAUGGAGAGUGCAAGAAUUAUUAAUGUGUUCACUGUUUGCAAAGAUUAUUAAAAUCUUGACAGCUCAAGUGUGAUGUUUAUACACCUCUGGGAUCUCUUGGCCCCUGUAGAGGGUUAAAACACCUGGUUUUGUCUUCUGGAUCUCUGAGCAUCUGAGUUAUUCCUACAGGACUGAGAAGACUUUUCUCCACAACACCAGCGAAAACUGAUUUUGGAAAAACCUUUUAAGGUUUUCUUUUUUUUCCUUUUUUUUUAGGUAAAGAGAGUAGACUUCCUACAGUAUGUUGUUAGUUAAUAUAGAGAGAAUCUGUCUCAUCUGUUUCUACUUUUACUCACUUUUUAAUUUGAUCUCGCAAAGAAUUAAAAACUUGUAAAUAAUUCCAUGAAGAGCUUUUAUAGUAUAUUUUUUUAUUUUCUGCUGAUUAUGCUAACAUGAAGAAUAAAUGAUUCUAUAAUUUUAGGGACAAAUCUAAAAGCCAUUUAGUAUUAACAUUGGGAUGAAGGGGUUAAUUUUGACAAUGGACCAAUUUGGUGUUUGCAAACAGUGAUGACGUCUUUGGUGGGCGGAGUCUAUCUGGUGGCAGUAAAAUGAAGUAGCUCUCUAUGCAAGCCAUGGAAUAAAAAUAAUUAAAAAGGUAACUGAUUUUGUAAUUAAAUAUUCUGACUUUUUUUCUCGCAAUGCUAAAAUUAAAUUUCAUAAUUCUGAUAAGAAAAAUCAAUUCAUUUUCUUUUAUAAUCCCACACUUCUGGUUUUUUUUCCCCCUCAGAAUUGACACACUUGCAAUUGUAGAGUUAAAUUGAGUUAUGAAGUCAGAGAUAUAAACUUGCAUUUGCAAAAUAAAAAGUCAGAAUUGUGAGAUAAAAUAGGUAAAUGUUUAAAUAUUUGGUUAUUUCAUGCUGUAACUAGGGCUAAUAAAUAUGUCCCCUAUGAACUGCAAAUGUGAAUAUUAUGUAAACCUAUUGAUUAAAUCAAAUAUAUGAUUUAAAAGUAUAUCCAAAUAUACAUGGAUCAUAACUAUAGUCAUUAAAUUUAAAUAAUUACUGAUGGAUCCAAAGAUCCUGUUUCAGGUAAGUAUAACAAUUAAGACAAUGCUAGUGAAUGGCCCAGCACAGUAUAAACUCAAAAAUGCAAUUAUUAUUUGAAAGCAAUAGGUUAAAUAAAUAGAAUUUGAAGAUAAAAUAAUGAAGUACAUAAAAUAGUUUUAUCCUUGUUUUAAUCUAAAGGGUUUUUACAUUUUAUAUAUAUAUAUGUAUGUAUAUAUCGCCAAAUAUACGUCAUGCUCCACACUCCAGUCCAGUAGGUUACGGGAAAGCCUCUUUUAAGUGAGUUUCCCAAGCGCCAUUAAAAAAAAAAAAAAGAAGAAAACGCAUCGCCGCCAUGACGUCACCACUAGUUUUCUUUUCAGCGCGUUUGUGUCAUCUGAGGUGAGUCGAGCUGACUUAUUUACACAUCCUUAAAAAACACUUUGCACAGUUUAAUAAACUUUCCACGAGGUUAUUUCUAAAUUGUUUUAUCUGAUAAAACACUAAAUAUGUGCCUGUUCUGUAGGAAACUAAAGUCAUAAAGACAUGAACGAUUUUUUUAAAGCUUUUAGAGUGAUAAUGUUAGCGUCAUUGAAUGUUGAACGUCGAUGCUUUAUCUGUGAUCGUUGUGCUUUGAACAUAAAUGCUGACAUAUUUACUAAUGUAGUUUUGCAGUAAGGGGUUUCUUUCCUUCUCUUAUUCCAUUAAGAUGCUAUGGCUUGCUUGUAAA